UUGAUAUCGUAAACGUUUUUAAGCGCGAUCUCUAUGGAUUGCAUCUGCAUUUAUCGUCACGCGGUUUUACGAACAAAGCAAUCGCUUUGUUAAUUUGGGUAGAACAGUCUUCGUUCUGCUGGAGCUGCUAGAGUCGCGCUUUGCGCAGUGCUUUCGAGUGGUUUAAGAAAUGCUUUAUAAACUAGGUAAUAUGCAAUGUAAGUAAUAUGCAAUGUAAUACCGUCUUAAUAACAACAACACGUUAAACGCUACAGGGAUGCAUAGAUAUAACGAAGUCGUGGGCAGCGAAUACUAUUUUUCUUAGAAUGACAAUGGCUCUAGAUUUCGCUAAAUGCAUCGCUAUGACUGUUUAUAACGUCGCCCGGGACCAGGUGAAACAUGCAUCUGUUUUUGUCCCGUUACGAAUUGUCAUGUCAAUGCACAAUGUUCGUAGCAAUCUUAUGCGUUUGUUCUAAAGCACGAUUUUUACGCGGGUUUAAGAACCUGUGAUCUUUCAUUCAGUCUCUUGAUCAAAGAUUUGUCACGCGUUUCGCCGAAAAUGUCUCCAGCAUUACCUGCCGGCUAGUAAAACGUUUGUUUACAUUGUCGAUCUGUUAACACUCCUCACCCAUGAAUGUCACAUUCAUGGCAUCGUGAUCAAAUAACACUGAAGUCUGCGACAAAAAUAUGCACAAGUAUUCAUCUGCGAGUGCCACUUCAGCUUUAUGGAAUCUGUAUCUUUCUGUGUAGCCCAUUUUCCAAGCGGAUGAAUCCUUCAUUGACCAGAAGGGCCAAAGCUGGUGAUGAGGCAGCAUUAUGGCGGAACGAUUUUCAAAGUGGCAACGUAAUGCCAUUUAAUAAGAGUCUGCAAGUUAAUGGGUGCAGAAUCAUCAUGUAGAGUAUUAAAGUGGGAGUGCACUGCUUGGAUUGUCUUAAGGGAAAAGCCAUGUGUAUUAUGUUUGGUAACGAGUAUAUGGGGGAUUGUCAUGUAAAAGUAGGGCCAGCUGUGGAGGGGAUUUUGUGUGCAUAUUUUUUUCAGGGGGUGAACUGGGUGCCUACAACAUGUGAAUGGAUCAAAAAUAGCAUUGGGAAGCAGUGGCGUAGCCAAUGAUGGGCCUGGGUCCAUCCAAAAGAGACCUUGGGCCACCCAGAAUAUUAGACAUUAUUCUUUGACUUCAAAUAUAUAUUCAUAAAAUAGUUUUAAAAAAAUGCAUAUAUUCUGAUUUCUGAAAGUGUGAAAGGACUGUCUGAAUGUGCCGCUUCUCUGUUGUUAAAGAAAAUUUGGUAAAAAAACAAACAACAAAAAAAAAUUGGGCGAAAACGUAGCCAUCCAUUUGAACUGAGGCCCACCCAAAGUAAUUUCCUGGCUACGCCCUUGUUAGGAAGUCCGAUUCGGUUAAACUAAUCGGUUCAUUCAAAUGUGUUUCAAUGGACCGGUAAAAAAUACAACUAAAAAAAUAGAUUCACGGAUUUGUUUGAGGUUUGAGGUGAAAGGAAUGAUCACUCAGUAGUUAUCCCAGGUGGAAUCGAAUAGAGAGACAAAAUUUUAUUGGGAAUUUCAGGAUUCUUGCCGCCCACUGAACAUAGGUUCCACCAUAGAUAUGUAUUACAACAAUUAUCAUUAUUGAUUUAGAAAUGGAUUUCAUAGGCUAUGUUGUGUAUAAAUAGAACAGAACGAUUCAUGCUAUGACCAACUGACUGAUGUAAUUAAAGAUGCAUUGAAAUUGUUAUAAUAGACGACACACAACCUCAUUUACUCUCGUGUGCUUAUCUUUAAGCCGCUGGAUGGUAAAUUGGCUAAGAGCAAUAAAAAUUCCCACAACUACUACUAUUGAUGCUAGGGUUGCCACCCGCCCUGUAAAAUAUGGCAUUGUCCCUUAUUUAAAGAUGAAAUGAUACGUCCUCUAUCGAAUCAUUACGGUACACAAUUUGUACCAUAUUGAAGCUGGUCAGAUGGUGUCAGGUGAAACUUUGCCUACGUUAAGGGAGGGGGUGUGGUAAGGGACCGUCUGAAAACAUCAGCAACAAACCCUCAUCAAUAACUCUAGAUUGCCCCAUAUAUUACAUCUUCAAAAGUGGCAACCCUAAUUAAGGCCUUACGAUUUUGCAUCCAUUCAUGCAGUUUUUCAAUCGUUUUACAGCGUCUCCCUGUUGUGCAGCUUCUCGUGCAGGAGCGCAGCGUUUUUUUAAACACAUGACAAGUUAAAAAGAACAGAAACUGUUAAAAUUAUCGGGGUUGUUUUUUAUUUUCAAAAUGAAAUAUAUUUUUAUAUACAUAUAUACAUCCAGUAUAUAUCAUAAUGUGCAUUAGCAUGCUAGCGGCCUGCCAGCCCACCGAGAAAAAGGAUCAACUCUCCCGAUGGCCAAUCUGCCCCGAUCCUAGUGUUCAUUUUGUUUUGGUAGUUAAAUAACUUUUGUAGUUAAAUAUUGCUGCUACUGUCACAAUGUUUUCGAUUUCAAUUUUAAAAAGUCUGUUUUAAAACUUAAGUGUGUAACUUUUCAAUGUUAAAAUACUUUUUCUGUCCCAGCUUAAUAUGCAGAGACAACUGUAAGUACGUAAGCCAUUCAUUUACUCGAAAAUUAAACAGUAUCUACGGUGCUAAAAAAAAUAUAUAUUUUUUUAAAGCAGCCCAUCCAGGCUAACUUAGCACUAUGGCCUCAACCAAUGGCGUGAGUUUUGUGGUGGGACUAUCUGUUUGUUUGACCAAUAACAAAAGGAGGGUAUAUUCGGAAAGCUGUUUGAAAACAUGAAGUGCGUCCCAAAUCGCAUUCUUCUGCACUAUUCUACGCCAUUUUGUAGUAUGAGUAGUGUGUUCACAUUGAAAAUGCAACAAAAAGAAGAGUACUACAAGUGCCCGGAUGAUGUACUAACCGAAAAAUCGUGUGGAACGUUGGACACUUCAUGCACUCAACUCAACAGUCGCGGCUUCCCCUACGUAGCAACUAGUGAAGCUUCUGUGAAUACAGCACCUUACAAAUCAGAGGUGAGGAAGAGGAGGAAGAACAGAGGCGGGAGAGGGGGGAGGCAGGUCGUUUGUAUAGCUUGUGCCCUACUGGGAAGAAGUUCCGGAGCAAGCCUCAGUUGGCUCGUUACCUUGGCAACUCCAUGGAUCUCAGCUCCUUUGAUUUCCGCACAGGCAAGAUGCUCAUGAGCAAGCUGAACAAAAACAGACAGAGACCCCGAUAUGACAACAAUAGCCAGACUAAGGGCAAACCCGACCUGAACACAUCCCUCCCAGUGCGACAGACUGCCUCCAUCUUUAAACAACCUGUCACAAAAGUUACCAACCACCCCAGCAAUAAGGUCAAGACUGACCCACAGAAGGCCAUUGACCAACCCAGACAGCUUUUUUGGGAGAAGAAGUUGAGUGGCCUCGAUGCCUUUGACAUGGCAGAGGAGCUAGUGAAAACAAUGGAUUUACCUAAAGGCUUACAAGGAGUUGGCCCCGGGUGCACAGAUAAGACCCUGUUGUCAGCUAUUGCCAGUGCACUUCACACGAGUGCAGCUCCCAUCACAGGCCAACUGUCUGCCGCUGUGGAGAAGAACCCGGGAGUUUGGCUUAACACAGCUCAACCUCUCUGUAAGGCCUUCAUUGUCACAGAUGAGGACAUCAGAAAGCAGGAGGAGCUGGUGUACAGCGUUCGGAAGCGACUUGAGGAGGCUCUGAUGGCGGACAUGUUGGCUCAAGUGGAGGAAACAUCUAAUGAGGGAGACGCUCUCAAGGAGGAGGGAAAUUGUAAUGAUGACAAGCAGGAAGUAUAGCAAAGGGUAUUCAAAUGUGUCUGAGUUUCCCAACAUAGUCACACUACAACCAGACGCUUUACUGAUCAGCAUACCACGUUACCAUGAAACAUCUCCCAGCUCCGCUGAAUAUCCAUUUGCGACACCAGUUGGGAUCUCAGAAAGACUUUUGGCUCGAUUUUCAGGACAAACGCUUUUUCUGUUUUGUAAUUAUUAUUUUUUUGAUAUUAUGAGUAUUUUCUAAAAGAACAAAAUGUUUGAAAAAUUAAACAUUUGGGUGAACUUCCCCUCUACAGGAAAGAUUGCCACGUGCAUUGAGUGAUUCCAAAAGUGUUUUCAAAGGAAGGGGUAUUGGAUUUGGUGUGGAAAAUGACAAUCAAUUCAAAAAAACAAUCCUCCAGAUUUAAGGGGUGCUAAAAAUACACACACAGCUGACAUAAACCGAUCUGUGGAUGCAUGCCCAUGUCUGUGAUUAAAUAAACGAAUAAGAGUCGAGCCAAACGAGUGCAUCCAAUGUAGUGGAUAUGUUUCAAAUGCCAUUGAAGAGAUAAAGGUAUUUUUUGAUAUAUGUAUUGAUUUCUCUCCAUUAGUGUUAUUUUUUUGUAGUAUCUCACACUCAAAAUCAGUAUUAUUAUUUAGUUUAAUAGGUUCAGAUUUGUUCAAAUUCAGUUCUAAGUUUCUGAUGUAAUCCACAAUGCCACAUGUUUUAUAAUGUUGUCUCGAGGAAAGUGAGGCACUGAUAAAGAUAUUCAUAGUUACAAAGGGUCUAAUGGUGCAGAGGUGGCCAAACCCAUCUCGGUUUCUUUAGAAUUUUAUGUUUUCAUCUCAUCUCUGGUGCUUGUUAAAAUUUCCUGUUUUUUUAUAAGCUAUUCAUACUUGACACUGAAUAAUAUUUCCAUGAAAAAUAAAUCUGAAUUUGAUAUUGAAAUGUGAAUGGUGAUUCAUACAGUUUGAUGCGUAAACAUCAUCCUGUGAUGCAGCUAUUGAAACAAACACAUUGCCAGGUGGAAAGUGUUUUGUAAAAGAUCUAUUCCAUGUUUUUUUCAAAGCCCAAAUCAACAUGCUGAUUGCCAUGUUUACUUGUGCAUUUCUCAAAAUAAAAUGUUC